GAGCCCUAAAAGGGGAUGGAUCUAAACGUUAGCCUGGAUGCUGCCGCCCGGGCGCGGAAGGGCGAGGCGGCGGCAGCGGCGGGGGCGGCAUCGAUGUCAGGGAUGAGCAAUGCCGCCAAUGGCGAUUCCAGCCAUUCCCAGCAGCAGCAGCAAUCACAGUGCCAGCUACAGCAGCAGCAGCAGCAGCAGCGCAAGCGCAAGGCCAACCGAGAUUCCUGGCCUUUUAUGCACGCGAUCAUGCUGCUCGAGUGCUUCAAGGACGUGUGGACCAAGAGCAACAUGGGCAAUCUCACCAUGGCGCAGUGGACCGAGGUCUCCAACAAGGUGAACGAGUUCUGUGGCAUCAGCAUGAACGAGCAGCAAUGCCGGACCAAGGUGGACAACCUCAAGAAGCGCUACAAGCGCGAGAGGAUGAAGUACGCUCCCACUGGCCACACCUCUCCCUGGGAGUUUUACGUGGUGAUGAACAAGCUCUUUGGCAACACCACCAAGCUCUCCGCCGCGGGAGCUUCGCCCAUCUCUGGACAGCCCGCCGUGGGCGAUGGCUGUGGAGAGGAUACCGAGGGGAGUGACGAGGAGGACGUCGUGGUUCUUGACAAUGGUGGCGACUUGAUCUUCAACAUCCCGGCCGCGAGCUUGCCUACUACGUCGCCACAGUCCGGGAACUCUUUUGGAAGAGGUGGUCACACUCUUCUUCUCGAGGGUCCUGGGGAGACUGGCCUGGACGCUUCGCCGAGUGAGAACUCAAACGUGGUGGCGGGCCAAGCGGCGGAGACGAGCAGCUACCAGGAGUUCUCGAAUGCUGCUGGCUUGAGUCCGCGGCUGGGCUCUGGGAAGAAGAUGACGAGGGCGACCAAGAGGAAGCGGGAUUCGGGCGUGGGUGUCGCGGCCGGUGAUGGAUAUGGAGACUUGCUCAAAGAGGUGGAGAGGGAGAGGAACGUCGACUGGCAGCGCAGGCUGGCUGAGCUUGCUAAAGUUGAUAGGAAGCGUGCUAAGUUGCUUAUGCGGUCUCAAGACGGAUGCGUGGGAUUCAGGAAUGGACCUGUGGAUGGAGCUCUUGGUGCUCAGCAGGAUGGUGACGAGUUUGAUGACUUGCUAGAUUUCGAGAGGCGGAGGGAGGAACUUAAAUGCAAGGAUCUCUGCGAGGCCGAACGGAAAGUGGACUUGGCAUCCAAGGCAUUGUGCGAGGCACAGCAGGAACGGGAACGGCUCGAGAGAGACGUGACUGUCGCAAGGGAAGCUUUCGAGUAUAGAAAAGCGGUCGGGACAGGUUUGAAGCUGUCACUGAAGAAGUAUUUCGUGGAGAAAAUACAGCCCGCCGAGAGAAUCAACGCUUCUUUGACGAAGUUCCCAUAUUACCUGAGUGAUGUCACUCGGGAUUUCCUGGUUGAGGCGCUGGGAUCGUGCCUCGAUCAAUCUAGACGAGCGAGUCACUUGUCCGGCCUUUGUGCCUCCAGCAAUACGAUCUUGCUGAAUGGUCCACAAAAUUCGGAAAUGUACCAGGAAAUGCUGGUGAAAGCAAUUGCUCAUGAUCAAGGCGUAGCGUUACUAAUGCUCGAUAGUACAGAUCUUGCUCCUCAAGAUCACGGUGAUGGUUAUACUGAUGCAGUUGAAGCAGGUGAUGAUAUGUCGAAGGUGACGGGCUUCAAAAAUGGGUUCAGGAAAGGUGAUCGUGUCGUAAGCAAAAGGGACGAAAGGCAAAGAGGUCGAGUCAUUGCCGUCUCUGAAAGUGUUUCUGGAAAGAUUGGGAUCCUCUUUGAUGCGACGGAGGACGCACUCAAGUUAACAACAAGGUUCGAGGACAUUCGAAGAAGUCCUCCCAUUGAAUGGCAUUAUGCGUCUGAUUUUGACAAGGAUCAAUCUGGAAAUACAAUGUUCCUUGCAGCAUGGCAAGCCACUAUCAGCGCUUUGUGCGAGAUAAGUAGAAGCGCUAAGCCUUUGAUUGUGUACUUCUCGGAACUUGAGCAAUGGUUUGAAAGAGCAGUCCCUGUAGCUUGGAAGCAGGAGAUCAUUCACAAUCUACAAAGGCAAUUGGACAAAGUGAUUGGAAACGUCGCUCUUAUUGCCACCUUCACUUCCGAUGCAGAUGAGCCUCUUUCUGUGGUUAAAAGGAAGAGCUUGAAGAGUAUACAUAACUUAUUCGCCAAUGUGGUCGAUAUUUUUCCUCCAAAGGAUGAUCUAGAUUUCUGGAGAUGGAAAGCGCUUCUUUUGCAAGACGGUGAGCGUGUUACUGCGAAUAAGAAUAUCCAACUAUUACAGAAGGUUCUGACAUCCCACAACCUGGUGUGUUUGGAAUUUAUCGAGUUUCAAAUAUGUGACUUCCUUCUCACAUACUCGGAGGCCGAGUACGUUGUAAGUUGGGCAGUGAGCUACGAAUAUUCAAACUCACAGAAUGUUCACGUAGACAAAUCGACUGCCAAAACUUCUCUUUCGGCAGGCAGCUUGGAUAGAGCGCUUCUCAAGCUGAGACGGCUCAAGCAUGCGCAAGGUCCUAAGCUAGUAGCAAAAGACGAGUUCGAAGAAGCUGUGUUGUCUACAGUAUUGGCGCCAAACGGCGCACCGAAAUUUGAUGACGUUGGUGCACUUGAGGAUGUGAAGAAAAUUCUUGGAGAGCAUGUUGUGGUGCCCCUCCUGAGACCAGAACAUUUUGCCAAGGGAGCGUUGGCAUGUCCUUGCAAAGGUGUACUUUUAUAUGGACCGCCUGGUACUGGGAAGACUUACUUGACAAAGGCCGUUGCAGCCCAGUCUUCCGCGAACUUAUUUUGGCUUAGAGGCAAUUCUAUUGAGUACAAGUGGCUUGAGGAUCCGAAGCGGAUGACCAGAGCCCUGUUUUCAAUUGCACGCAGGCUGGCUCCAUCAAUUAUUUUUCUCGAUGAGAUCGACAGUAUUUUCGCUAUACAAGCUGGAGAAGCAAUGACGAGGUUCAAGUCCGAGUUUAUCUAUGGAUGGGAUCGGCUCAUGUCAGGAAUAGCAGAGUCAGUUGUGGUGAUGGCAGCUACAUGCCGACCCUUCCAUUUGGACGAAUCAGUCAUUCAAAAGUUCCCGAAAAGAUUGUGCGUGGAUCUUCCAGAUUUAUCAAGCCGUGAAAAAAUCCUUGUUGUGCUGCUUGCCAAGGAGGAGAUUGAGAAUGGCUUCGACUUUAAAGGAGUAGCAGAAUUAACUGAUGGCUAUAGCGCAAAUGACUUGAAGAACUUAACUGUGGCUGCAGCGUAUCGGCCUGUUCGAGAAAUGCUCGAGUUAGAGAAAGCCAAAAGAAAUGCUUUUGGACAGCCACUGCCUCAAGAACUAAGGCCACUUACAACACAGGACUUCGUGAGUACUCUGGAGGAGGUUAAUUUAUCUUAUAACGCUGGAUACCUCGACCAGCUUCGAGAGUGGGAUGGACAGUUUGGCAACCGAUGGUAGCAGCAAAGCAAGAUAGUUCUUGAGAACAAUCAUGAGAACAAGAUAACUAAACUGAUGACAAGUCUAGGCAAAGCUGGCACCACAGGAGGUAUUUCUCGUCUUGGUUUCUUUCACUUGAUCAUGUUGUUGCCACCGACUGCGAAUUCUCGAGGCACAUCGUCAACCACUUGAGAUAGAUGCCUGAAACACCCACCUUUGAUAUUAAAGUGAUGGCAACAGUUUCUACCAUAUCCGAGAACGAACCAAGAGACAGCUGAGAUCACCUUCAUAGCAGGUUGCGCAGCCCGAGAUCCGCGACACCAUCCAGCAGUCGGCCGUCGCGCUGUGGAGCGGCCGCAUCGACAGAAGCUCCCGCCGGAAGAUCCUGCCAGGCAGAGAUCGAGAUUUGUUACAGGCUCUCAAAGUUGCCACUUGAGAGAGCAACGACGUGUGUAAUAGUCAUUCAUACCAACAAGAGAAAACUCUAAUGUAACUUCGCAGUGGAAGAGCACACAAGAGACUUUGAUCUCCAAA